UCUUGAUAUAGGGAAUUUGAGCUCCAGUUUUCUGAAUUGAGUCUGAAUACCUUCCAUUCAACCCCUCCACAGGCACUGUAUAAUCCCUACGGGUUUAGCGCUCCCCCAUGAUAAUCUAGCCAUCAGUGUUACCACAACUUAGUGUCCUGCCAUGGGAACCCUUAAAGCCAACAAUAACAACACGAUGUUUGCUGGUGCCGGGGAAGACGAGGAUAACUCUCAACACGAGGCUAAUAUCAUGCCAGGGUUUGCUUCACUGGAAAAUAGUACUGAAGAUAAGUACUAUAAGAAAUAUAACGCCAUCUUAAGGCGGUGCAGUUGUGUUCAGAAGGAAAAUGAAAUGCUGGUGAAUCGUGUUUAUCAAGUGAAGAAGAUUGUACGACGACUAAGGAAGGAAAGAAAAUUUCUAAUGGAAGAGCUUGACAAGCGAGAUGAUAACUAUAGAAGUUUGCCCUUAACAUUUGCUAUUGAAGAUGAGGACAAAUCAUUUGCUUUACCGCAGACAUCUAGCCUACCCGCAUUGGGAAGACCAAGAAGUACCAAUUCUUCUUCAAGUGUCAAACGUCAAUUACAGGUAAAGCGAGAGAAGAUGGAAUGUGAUCCAUCCACACCCAAACGUCCUAGCAAUGCUUUCCUUCAGUUUUGUCAGGAGCAGCGAGACAGUACCACAGUUCAGCACCUGCAGCAAACUGGAAGGCCCAUUGACAAAAAGCAGUUGACUAAGCUUCUUGCUGCACGUUGGAGUGCCCUCUCAGAAGAUGACAAAAAAGUAUACAUCGAAAAGUAUGAGCGCGAUAAAGAGAGAUAUUGUGAAGAGAGAAGAUUAUAUGAAAAUAGAAAAGUUGAGUAGCAAUUCAGUAAAUGAAACUUCAUAUAGUGCAAUGUAAAUGUAAAGGAAAGGAUAAUAAAGGGUUUUAAUAUA